GGAGGGAGGAUAAAGCAAGAAUAGAGACACAGAAAAGAGAGGCGCAGAAAAACAGAUCAUUAUACAGCAAACGAGCAAGAGGCCGCUGAAUGAAUAACAAGGAAGGGAUUACAAAGCGCAGGACUCAAAAAAAAAAAAAGAGGAGAGGACGUCGGCUGAAGACUCUCUUUCUCUCUCUCUCUCUCUCUCUCUCUCUUUCCCCUCCUCCUCUUCCCCUCUCUCUAUCCUUCCUGUCACCCUCCCUCCCAACUCUCUCGGAGGCUCUCCCUCCUCAGUGAAAGAUGGCAUGAGCACACUGUCACCCGUCCUUCUUCAGCUGGUGGAGAAAUUCUGUUCGCCUCGUCUCCUCUUUCUCUUUCUGCCACUUUCUCUCUCUCUCUGUCCUCUCCUCUCCUUUUUUUUUUUUUUUGUUUUGUCCUCCACCUCUGUGCUCCACGAGGGGAUUCAGUCCAGAGAGGGUGAAGAGGACGGGAGGGAGGUAGACUAGAGGCUGACCUCUCCCCUCCUCCCUCCUCCCUCCUCCCUCCUCCUGGCCCACAGAGAGAGGGAGCAGGAGCAGGGAGCCGUCUGAUGACUCGCACCAACAACGAGCUCCUUAACCCGGCCGACCGCAGCCCCCCUGCGCUCCCCCUCCUCGCCCUCCUGUAACCCAGACUCCUCUUCUCUGACUCACUGGAUCCAGAACCAUGUUUGGAUUAAAGCCUCCACACUUCUACCUCCCAGGUAUGAACCAUGAGUCCAACAAAUCACCAUCAUUAGGAAUGAUCUCCACGGCAAGUCGCACCACGGCUACUGUGAGUCCCCUCAGCCCACUAACCAAUGGGAACGCAGUUGCCCAGUCUGCAAACUCCGGAUUCGCUGCUGCCCUGCGUAAACUGGCCAAACAGGCCGAGGAUCCCAGAGGUUCUGCUGUCAGCGGUGAGUCGUCUCCAGUCUCUUCCCCGCCCACCAGCCACAACUCGCCGGUCACCACCCCGAAGCGGAGCUCAUUAGGGCCCCUCCUGGGCCAGACCAGGGGCCACGGUGUCCCCGGCACCCCUCCAGUAGUCACAAUUGCUCCCACCAAGACCAGCAACGGCCUGUGGAGGGCUGACGGACGACAGGUCGAGCCGAGUGUUCAGGGACUCGGGAGGGAGCGGGUGGGUGCUGAGAACACCCAGCCGCAGCUAGAUAAGCGGACUCCGCCCACCCUUUCACCUCACCACCUGGCUCACUCCUUCGGGCUCACCCCCAGCUCCGUCAUGCAGGACCCAAGAAUACAGAGCCUUAGUUUGCCGGGGCAGAUGCACCCUGUGGUUCAGUCGGGUGCCGUCCCAGAAGAGUACCUCAGAGCGCUCCGGCCCUUCGCCACCUCAGAUGACCUCCGGCUGACCUCCCUGCCCCUCAGUCUCGACCCUGCUGCUGCUGCCCACGCCGCAGCUGCUGCCGCCUACUAUCAUCCUGCCUACCUGCACCAUCCGCUGUCCUUGCCAAGGAUGGAGGAGUCUCUGUGUCUUUCUGCGCUGCGAUCGCAGUUCUACUCUGUGCCUGCAGGGGGCGCCUUCCCUCUCCACCACUCUGCCCUCCACCUGCACAUGCCUGGAGGCCGAUAUCCCGGGGAUCUGAACCACACAGUGCUGGCUGAGAGGCUACAGAUGGAGAAUGAGCUCCGCCAGCGAGAGAGACAGCAAGAGCGCGAACGAGAGAAAGAGAGGGAGCGCGAGGCCGGGCUGGAACGAGAGCGGGAGCGCGAGAGGGAGCGAGAGAGGGAGGAGGAGAGGGGGAGAGAGCGGGAGAGGGAGCUGGACAGACAGAAGGAGAGGCAGAGGGAGAGACAGCAGCAGAUGGUCAGAGCGGCGGAGAGCCACUACCUGGCUGAGCUGCAGGCUCGGAGGGCGCCACCAGAGGACAGGGCCAGGCCAGGGGAGAGGCUGACCCCGAACAGACUGGAUAAAAACAAGGACUCAGAGCACCCGGGUUUCCCAGCACCCAAACCUCUGUCCCUACAGCCUGGCCAUCACACCUCCAGGGGGUCUAUCCCACAUCCGGUGCCCAGCCUGGUGCCCUCUCACCUGGGGAAGCAUCAUGCUGCUGCUGCUGCUGCUGCUGCUUCUGCGGGGGGGAUCCAUGGCGCUCUGGCAGCUGCCAUGAUGACUCAGAGGGCGAGCGAGGCUGCUUGGUUAACACGGCAACGCGGGCAAGGGCAGGAGAGGGAGGGUCCGCUGGAGAUGGGCCUCAGGUCACCUGGGAAAGGGCUGGAGCUGAGGAGAGACGGCCACAGAACCAAUGCAGUCCAUCACAACCCAGGCAGCAAAGAUGCACCUCCCUGCCUUGGUGCUCCACCUCCCCUCAUCUCCCCCAAAGGUCCCCAUCAUCACCCUGCGCCCCCGACUACACUGUGGAACCCCGCCUCCCUCGUCGACACUCCUUCAGACUCCCGCAGAAAAAUCAGCCCUCCGACGCCGCCGAGUCGUCCUCCUCCAGGACUGACCAGAGCUGACAGACCCCCCCUGAGCUGGGGGGAGAAGCUGGAGGACGGCGGCAGGAGGAGGACAGAAGGUACGGAGAGGUACACCUCACUGAGGGGAGCUGGUUUACAGGACGCAGGCUCCUGGAACAAGGCGGAGCAGGACCGGGCCCUCCAGAGCCUCUAUCAUCGACAUCACAUCAACAACCUCCACCAGAGACCCUGCGCGCCUCCUGACCUCGGGGGGCAGCGCCAGACAGCUCCUCCGUCUCCAGUGAGGGAGCGACAGAGCCAGCCUCCCGACAACAUGCUGGUGUAUGACGAGGUGCUCCAGCAGCACCGACGGCUGCUCAGCAAAUUGGACCUGGAGGAGAAGAGGAGGAAGGAGGCCAGAGAGGGAGGUUAUUACUAUGACCUGGACGAGUCGUAUGAUGAGAGUGACGAGGAGGAGGUGAAGGCCCAUCUGAGGAGAGUGGCAGAACAGCCUCCGCUCAAACUGGACGCAUCCUCCGAGAAAGUGGAUUUUCUGCGCGUGUGUGGUCUGACCACGCUGGCCCACCGCGAUGAGAUUCUGGCACGGAAGAGGAGAAAGAGGAGGAGGAUGUUGAGAGAGCGCAGCCUCUCUCCGCCGGCCGUGCGGGGCAAGAGAAAGGCGUCUUCACCUCCGACACCUGCAACUCCCUUAACCACCCCGUACUCUGCCGAGCAGAUGGACAGCACCCCCGAACUGGAGGAGAAAAAGGACUUCCUCCAUAUGUUCGACCUCUCGCAUGUCAGCCCACAGCAGAGGAGAGAUAAGGAGAGGACAGAGGAGCUGCUGAGGGCCAUUCAGAGGAAGACUGUGACGUUAGACACUCUCAGAUAUAAUCCUUUACCUCCGUGCAGCAGCCCUCCUGCUCCUUCAACUGGUGACUCCUCAUCAGCCCCUCCGCCGUGCCAAUCAAACGGACAUCUGUACCCGGACUCUCCCAGCCCCUCCCCUCCCUACCUGCACAAACCUAAGCUUCUCCCCCAUAACGACACAUUCAAACCCUCCACGGACACCCACGUGGCCCGCAUCCCUCCACCCUUGACCCUGCAUCAUGAAAAGGCUGAGUUCAUGGAGCCGAACAGGAAGCACCAGGGCCUCCAGAACGGUGCCGUCGCUUCUCCCCAGAAAAAGGAGCCCAAUCCUGUGCAGAACGGACGGACCCGGCCCUUGGAGAGGUUCACACCGGAGGCCUUCGCUCAGCACUUCCACCAGGCCGUGCUGCAGUCCACACACAACACGCUGCAGAACAAAGGAGUCUCAAAUUGCGUCCCCGAGGCCGGCAUGAAGGCCGCUGACCGCUCGUUGCCUCACAGCAUCUCUCAGCUGAAAGGCUCAAGUCUUAACCAUGCCCCUCAGCACGCACACAUCAACGGUCAUCACUUCCAUUUCCCCGCAGCAGGCAGGGACGCUGCGGGACCACAAGAAGAACUGUCCGACGAGGACGAGGAAGAGUCUGGUCAGGAAGAGGAGGAUGAUGAGGAGGAGGAGAUGGAGGAAGCGCCAAAGAAGUGGCAGGGUAUUGAAGCUAUUUUCGAGGCCUACCAGGAGUAUGUGGACGAAUGGGGUUUAGAGAGGCAGGUUCUUCACAGUCAGUGUAAAAGACUCGAAGCACAGAAUUACAACCUGACCAGGACUGCAGAGCAGCUUUCUCUCACUAUGGGGGACCUGGUGAGUCAGAGGCAGAAGGUGAGAGAGGAGCGGGAGAGACUGCAGGCCCAGCUCGAGCACUUCAGGAGGUGUUUGACGCUCCCGAACAUUCACUGGGGCAGGAGCCAAGUGAACGGGCACACACCGAGGUGACCUCCGACACCCACUCUCUGACUGAAACGCCUCUGACAGCGAAGGAUCAGUAACAGGAAACAAGACAGACUGGAGCCAGACCACUUUCUGCACUCGAAGCACUUGAAGGAGCCGGUCCUUGUCUUGUUACGCUUCUGGCCAGUCAGUUAUGUUACCUGACUGGUUUCCAGAUUCAACUGAUGACCUGCCAGGUUUGCCACGGUAGCUGUAAAAACCACAGUGACCGUGUCGUCUGGGCAUUCACACUCUCUCUCUCAUACUGCCCAGCACUGUGUCGGUGAAACAGCAUCUCCGUCAGCGUUACUUCAACCGCUCCUGCUAGUCCUCAGACAGCUUUAAGGACUUUCUACCAUUUAGCUCUUAUUAUAUCAGUUUAUCGACUCACACUAAUGAGAUGUUUCACUCGGCACAAAUCUGUAGCCUCUCUGGACAGCAAUGAGAAGAGACUUAAAAGCGUACAGUGGUCACUUGGUUAAUACUCAGAGAAUGAAAACAGGAGUCAAGGAAUCAAAGCACACCUCAGGCCUUAAACGUGACAGGAUGCACUUGAAAUGGGACUGGAGGAGAAACUUUACAGUCCUCUGUGUGGUGUGAUGUUGUACUGAGCACCGUACGUGACGGAGGAAGCAGUCUGUGUGCUGGUAAAGGAAACAUCUAAAAAGAUAUUAUCUAUAUAAUGGCAAAUGGUAUCGAUGAAGUUUUUUUGAGGUUUAAUACAUUUUCCAUCAGUCAAGUCUCUCGCGAUAGAUGAAGAAUUUUUGUAUGUUUUGUUGUUUUAACCGUUCCUCGUGGGGAAGCCAUAUGUUUCGUUCAAACUGCUGCUGGUCAGAAUUUAAAAAAAUAAAAAUAAAAAAAAUGUUUAGAAAAUGAAGGAUGUUAGGACAGUUGUAUUUGAGAAAUGUUACGUGAUGUCAAAAAUGUUUAGGGGCGGUGGGGGGUUUGACCAAGAUGCACUGGGGCUGGAAGACAGCAUGACAUCAGUCUUUGUCUCACAACAUUAUCAAGUUGUCAGUUCAGAUGGUUUAUGUCCUGAGCACUCCACAUGCCUAUAAAUGUUGACCAAAAUUAAAGAGAAUAAAACCAUUUUUUUUUCCAAAAAGGCCUUUUUGCAACAUUCUUCACAUGUUCUUAGUUAAUUGGAAUUACUUACAAAUGUUUUCACCUGUCUGAAGGUGAUUUAUUGUGGCAUUAUUGUGAAGAAGUUGAACUGAUUUUUGCUGUAGAAUCAAAAAAAAAAAAAAAAAAAAAAAAAAAAAGCCAAAUUAUUAUUCAGUUCCAUUUCUGGACUGUGUCAAAUCUAAUUAACGACAUCUUUUCUCUUGAUGCUCUUCGAGUACUUGAAACCGUCCUCUAAUUGUUUUUUAGGGGCGACACACACAUCAAAAUGACGCUGUCCUUCUGUGGAUAACAAUAAACUGCACCGUCUCUGCUCUUUUGAUGAGAUUUAUUUUUGCUCAAGCCAGAUAAAGCAGUGUCACAUAAAAUUUAUAUUUUCUGCCUCUCUCCCUCUGAAUAUUAAAAUCCCAGGAGCCCGUUCCCACAAGCGCCAGUUACAGUAGCAACAUCCCAGAAUCACCUGACCGUCCUGUUACCUGUUCAGUCUCCUCGACAAACCUUCUGUGAAAUCCUGCAUAUUUGUUUCAAUCAGUUGUUAUGUAAUGUAUUAUUUGGGAUGUAUAAGUGUGAUGAAUUAUUUAUUAACAUAUAUUGCUGUAAAUUCUGAUGGAAAUUUACAUUAAAAUAUUUGUAAAAUGUA